AAACCAACCAUAGAUCUUCUCCUGCAUAAGAAAGUGGUUCUAAGCCCCCAACUCAAUCUGAGACAAUAAAAACCUUCAUGGUAAAACAUAAGACUAAUAUGUUAACUUAGAAUGUGUUAAAACAUAUGAUUAAAUUGUAACCUAUAAAAUACAGAAAAAAUAUACUGUCUGUAUUUAAUUACAGUAUAUUAAAGCCCAACUGCUUCAUAUUAACACACAGCAAAUGAAAGCUUUACCACAAAACAAAUGUGUGAGAAAUUUAACAAGGAGCUAAGUUUGUCUCUGUUAAGCUGACUUUUGGGAGAGAAACAGACCUAUUAGUAAUGGAGAAGAAUUUCACCUUUAUUUAUUGAAUUAUAGCAGUGAUUGCCAGUUAUUUUUCUCUUUUGUUUGCUUAUGUGAUAUUAAAGUUAGUAAACUGAGGUUUUCCCAGCAGGAAUGCCGAACAUUGCCUGGUUUCAACUUUUAAAACUGAAUGUCUUGAUGCAUGCUUAAUCAUCCAGGUAGGUAAAUCCCAAAAGGUUGAUUCUGUUCAUCUGGACAUAUGAUUCGUAACUUGGAUGAGUGACAAGACGUUUCUCCCAGUGGAAACGCUACGUCCAGAUGAACAGAAUCUACCUUUUGGGGGUUUUAAAACUGAAGAAUUUUCUCCAUCUUGUUUGAUUAUUAAUUUAAACAUUGGGAUUCAGCUAUGAUUAUCGAACCAUUUUUUACCAUAAUUUUAGUCAUUCAUUGAAAGGAUAACAAAUCAAUACUGAAAUAAUUAGCUGUGACUGUGAAUAUAAAUAAUAAUGAGUAGCAGAACAUAAAAAAUUAUAAAGAAAUAUGAUUUAUGACAUGAAUAUGACAGCUUUUCUCAAUUUAUAUAAUUUACAAGGCCAAUGAUUAGUUUACUGAUCCACAUUAGAUAAUAAAACACUUGAAAAAUUUCCAAAAUCUACUAGUUAGAUAAUGCUAAAUAUUAGGAAUAGAAGCUUUACUCUGUUUUAUGUCAUUUUAACUAAUAUCUGAUACUCAGGUAAUUGUUGUACCCAGUAUCAUGUGUAUGAAAACUAAGUUUUCAUGGAAAAAUUCACUGGCUAAGGGUUCUAAAUAUGAGAAAGAUAUGCUUUUCUAUGUUUCUACAUUUAUGAAAAAACAGCAUUGAAAUAGUCUAAAUAAAUAAUAUCAAUAUAAGAAAAUGCCUCAAAUGUUAAAUGGUCACCACAUUCCACAGUAGGCUUGAAGAAACUUUAAAACUUUGCUUAAAAGAAUGACGCUAAACUGUUGGAUUAGAUUACAUUAGAUUAGAUUAGAUAUUUAUCAUGACUUUAUGGUGAAGUAAAAGUUUAUUGAAAAUUGACUCUGCUGUAUGUAUCUGUAUUCCAAUUGCUGAUGCUGAUAUAUGUCUCUGCAGCUGAUUUGAGUUUUCAUGCUCCCCUGUUGUGGCACAAACUUCCUGAACACCUGCAGUUAUCUUCAUUUAAAUCAGGACUGAAAACUUUUAGCCCUGAUUUAAGCCCUUUUAUUCUGAGUGCCCUACCAAUUAAAUAAUUUAUGUGACAAAGCUAUUUGUUAAGUUUUAAUAAAGAAAAUCAUCUUCUUAAAUUCAUAUUGAUGACUCUUAGCAAAGUUCUUCUAGAAACACUUCCAGGUACUCAGCAGCCACACAAAAACCCAUCUAGGCAGUUUUGGCAAUUAUUUUGAAGCACUACCUAAGUUAACUUUAAUUUCAGUGAUUAAGGUGAAUGAAAAACAGAAUAUACAGAACAUCCAGUCAAAUAAGAUUUGAUGAGUAGGCAGAUUAAAUCAGGCAGGAGUCUCUGUGGUCUGUAAUGUUUGCAGACAACAUUGUGAUCUAUAUUGAUAGUGGAGAGCAGAUGGACGAGAGCCUGGUGUGAAAGAGGAGGGAUAGGGUGAGAUGGAGGCAGAUGACCCCUAAAGGAAGGAGCAAAAAGAAAAGGUAUUGCCCUUUUGUUGUCAUUAAACAGAAUAAAUGUUUAAAGCAGAGGCUGAAUUCAACAUUCUAAAACUAUGUUCGUCAAGUGACCUGGCUGCUGUUUAUAGCUCCAAUUUACAGUUAAGACAACUGUAUCCCACUUUUCAUGUAAUUGUAUUCUUUAAUUGAUCUCCCCAUUUGCACAGUGUUGUGGCUCUGAUGAGUGUGGGUGAAAUGAUGAACCAAUCCUUGAAGAUUUCCUUAUAUAACUCACAGGCUGAAUCCAAAACUAUUAAGGUGUUCUAGCUAAAGAACGUAGAAGUAUGUCAGCUAAAGUGUCACAACACUACUCUUACAUGUAGUGUAUGUAAAAUAUGUAAAGGAUAGCCAGUUGAGCUGACUCGUCACCUCUCUCACUGUCUUCAAAGUCAUAUUUUACUAAAUAAACUGCUACAACAUGGCCUGCACACCUCUUUUACAAUGUCUCGCGCUCCAUUUGUCUCAGUGUCUCUCUUUCUCUCUCCUACACUACUCUAAAUAUAAGAUUAGAGAACAGACACAUGCAAAUCAAAGGUUAUCUUUAUGUUCACUGCAACAGCACCUCACUUCACCAGAGACCAUUGUCUAUUGUCACAGCCAUGUCCGGAGCUAAAUGUAAAAGCGUUUUGGAGUUUUGUAAAUUCUUUUACAAAUUGACUGUUGAGAAAAAAAUGUAAACGCAUGUUGGAAAGAAAUUUGGACAAAUCCUAAAUUCCUGAGCUUGACGGAACAACCAGAUUAUGGGGAUCUAUAAUUUUCUCUCCUUUUUCUCUAUAAUAACCUGCUCAGGUUCAUGGUUAGGUUUCAAUGAAAACCCAGACCUGGAUCCAAGAUCUUAUAACCUGGACUGGAUGAAAUCUAUACCUGAAGAAACCCCACUAUCUGCUAUCUCCAUUCCUGGAACACACGAAAGCUUAACAUUAUACGGAGGACCACUUGCUAUAUGUCAAGUUUGGAAUUUGAAGCAGCAACUUAAUGUGGGAGUACGAUAUUUUGACUUGCAUGCUGGGAUUUGGUUGCCUACACAAAAAAAUGUUUAUAUUCGGGAUAGUCACUGGAUGUUUUGGCAGCAUACUGAAUUAGAUAAUGUCCUCAGAGACAUUCUUGAUUUCUUAAGAGACCACAAAAGUGAGACGGUGAUUUUGAAAGUGACAUUACAUGGUCUUUACAAGAAAAAAGUUGCGCAGUUGACAAAGGAAUUAAUUGACAACUUCAGAAAUAAAAUAUGGACAAAGACAAUGACACCAUACAUGAAGGACGCAAGGGGCAAUAUUGUUUUUCUCCAGACUGAUGUGUUUCAUGCUGGAACAGAAAACCAUGACUCGCGUUUCUUUGAACGCAAUAGGCUCAAAAAUGUGGAAGAGAGACUAAAGCAAACCAAGUCACACAUCUGUGAACAUCACAUUGUGGUGACCGAGACAUCAACGUCACUUUUUAACAGUCCAAAAAGGUUGGCUCGAAAUGUCAAUGAGCAGCUUUAUGACUUUGUGGACUGGCAUAAAAAAAUCUCUAAAAACCAUGGUUGCUUAGGUGUCAUAAGUAUGAACUUCCCAAGUGCUCAGCUGAUUAAAAACAUCAUUCAGCUCAAACCAUGUGAAUGUGGCCAAAGACCAGGAAGAGGAGGAAGUGGAAAGGUGCAACAAAAACCAUUUGGGCCAAAGAUUAAUACAGAAAUACCGUCAUCUGAGCAACAAACCACCAGUUCACCUGUAACACAAACACAACCUGAACCAGUGGCAAAACCAACUAAUGUACCUGCACCAAGAGGUGCACCAAAAAGCACAGCAACACUUGAACGAGUCACUGAACCAUCCACUGAAUCUGAAUCAAUAGAUACUUCUGAACCAAUCAUUGAACCAACAACCACAUCUGAAAUGACAGCUGAAGCCGAACCAGUCACAGAACCAUCCACUCCAUCUGAAUCAAUGGUUACUUCUGAACCAGUCACUGAACUAUCCACUCCAUCUGAAUCGAUGAUUACUUCUGAACCAGUCCCUGAACCAUCUACUCCAUCUGGAUCAUUGAUUACUUCCGAAGCUGUCACAAAACCAUCCACUCCAUCUGAAUCAGUGGUUACUCCUGAAGCUGUCACUGAACCAUCCAGUCCAUCUGAAUCAGUGGUUACUUCUGAACCAGUCACUGAGCCACCCAGUCCAUCUGAAUCAGUAAUUACUUCUGAACCAGUCACUGAACCAUACACUCCAUCUGAAUCAAUGGGUACUUCUGAAUCAGUCACUGAACCCCCAACUCCAUCUGAAUCAUUGAUUACUUCCGAAGCUGUCACUGAACCAUCCACUCCAUCUGAAUCAGUGUUUACUUCUGAAGCUGUCAAUGAACCAUCUACGGCAUCUGAAUCAAUGGUUACUUCAGGGCCAGUCACUGAACCAUCCACUCCAUCUGAAUCAAUGGUUACGUCUGAACCAGUCACUGAGCCAUCCAGUCCUACUGAAUCCGUCGUUACUUCUGAACCAGUCCCUGAACCAUCUACUCCAUCUGAAUCAGUGGUUACUUCCGAAGCUGUC